CUUGAUUGUCAACAACAGUUUACUUGCAGGAGCUUGAAAAAGAAAUGUUUUCUUUGGCAAAGCAUGUUGCAUUCCACAAGAAACCAUGGUACCUGUUGGCGGCCCAAGCAGCAGCAUUUUCAUCAGCAGCGCUCCGUUUUGCUGCAUUACCACCUGCAUGUCGUGAUUCACUGGUGUGGCGACGAUGUCGAGGGACCCGAUUUGACGGACAACGCUGCGAGCGAAAAGUAAAAGCAGACGUCCUGUGUACUAACGAAAGCGAUCUCUACUGUCAUUCACAUCGAUUUGCUUUUGCGACCCCCUUUGCAAAACAAAAGCGAGUAUCCAGCGUUACUUUGAGCGAUCCGCUUCAUGAUGGCUGGCAUCUAUGGAUAGACCAAUCUAUCAGCAAGCAAAAUCAAACACUGUUACGGCAAGAAAUGAGCAAACCUUUAUCCGAAAACGACGAGCCCGGUUACAUUUACGCGUACAUGCUGACACAUGGCCCGCGUGUGCCAACUUCACGUUACGCGUAUUUCAAAAUUGGACGAACGAUUGACCCACAUCGUCGCAUGUACCAAGUAUCCCAACGAUGCAAAUAUACCCCUGAGAUUAUAGAACUGUUUCCUCAUUUGCCGCCACAAAAGUCAAGCUCCCUCGCCACCUUGCCCAAGUGCCCAAUAUCGCAUCGUGUGGAACGGCUAAUUCAUCUCGAACUUUCGGCUCGGUUUGCAACAGCUGGAUUUAAAUGCCAUGAGUGUGGGACAGCGCACCGAGAAUGGUUUCGUGUACCACGAUUGCAUGAAAAAGGCGGAUUGAGGAUGUCGGAUCAGAAUUUGUGGACGCUAUAUAUUCGACCUGUUAUAUUAAAAUGGCUCCAAUAUGGUGUAGCCAUAUCGGCCAUGACCCAUGGUCGGGCGGGCUAACGCCAUUUGUGGACAUGUAUAUAAGUAUUUGUAAAUAGUAAAUAGUAACUAUAUAUAAAAGAGUGUAGAGUGAAAUUUGACACCGGUACAUUAGUGAUUAAGUUCCAAAGCG